UUUUAGUUUUGCAGACUUGUGUGUGAAGUGUGUGUUAUUAUUUAUACUUUUGGUUAAUUUAACAAAAUUACUAUACAAAAAUUCACUAAGUUAUAAAUAUUAAGAAAUAAAGUAGCCAGCAGAUAAUAACCAAUAAUUAAUCAUUAUAAAUAAUAAUAUAACAAGAAAAACAUGUGCAUAAAAAAGCCAUAGUUUGAAAAGAAAUAAAAACAGUUUAAAAGCCAAAAUGAUUUUUUAUUGAUUUUAUUAUUAAUUGCUGCAAUACCAUACACAUUUGUAGUGAAAAUGUUUUUCCUUGCUCCCCUAUAUAAGGAAAUUGUUAAAUAAAAUUUUUUUGUUGCUGUACAUUAUUUUAAGCGCGCGCUUCUCCGUAGGAGAAGGGGGGAGGGUGCAAUUCUUAGAUGUCUUUGAGUUUCCAGAAUUAAAACCAUAUAGAAAUAUUUUCACAAAUUGUCACUCGCUGUCACCUCACCUUUCAAGUUGCUAUGAGAGUUACUCCGAAUAAGCAGAUAAACAAAUUUGAUGAAAGUGUAAAAAACAAGUAAACUAUAUAGAUUUACAAUAAACUUUAACUUUAUGUUGUACAUUGGUAAGUUUGAAGCUUACCAAUGUUUUCCCUAGUUCAAAUGAAAUUCCGUGCAUUAUUGGUACUAUUAUCAAAAGUAUGGACCUGCAUAUGUUUUAUGUUCAAUCGUCAAGUCAGAGCUUUUGUCCAGUAUCAACCUGUCAAAUAUGAACUCUUCCCAUUGUCACCGGUAUCCAGACAUCGCCUGAGCAUUGUCCAACGUAAAACUUUAGUUUUGGAUUUAGAUGAGACACUAAUACAUUCGCAUCACAAUGCUAUGCCCCGAAAUACGGUAAAACCAGGAACACCUCAUGAUUUUACAGUUAAAGUGACAAUAGAUCGUCAUCCAGUUAGAUUUUUUGUACAUAAAAGGCCACAUGUUGAUUUCUUUUUAGAUGUGGUCUCCCAAUGGUAUGAUUUAGUGGUUUUUACCGCCAGCAUGGAAAUUUAUGGAGCUGCGGUCGCUGACAAAUUAGACAAUGGCCGUAAUAUAUUACGUCGCCGCUAUUAUCGUCAACAUUGUACGCCAGAUUAUGGUUCAUAUACCAAAGAUUUAUCAGCUAUUUGUAAUGAUUUAAAUAGAAUAUUCAUAAUUGAUAAUUCUCCUGCUGCAUAUCGCUGUUUUCCCAACAAUGCUAUACCAAUUAAAAGUUGGUUUUCGGAUCCCAUGGAUGUUUCAUUAUUAUCAUUAUUACCCAUGUUGGAUGCAUUAAGGUUUACGAAUGAUGUGCGUUCGGUUUUGUCGCGAAAUUUACAUUUACAUGGUUUAUGGUAGCAGAUUAACAAAUUGAAAAUUUGGUGCUGUGACACUUAAACGAAUUUUUUGUUUGUUUCAUUACAUUAAAAUUUUAUUAUAAUUUUUUUUUUUAUUUUUUUUUACGCUAAGGAUUAUUAUAAACAUACAAAUCAUAAAUCAGAAAAAUUUAUGAAAGAAAGGAAAAAAUAUAAUAAUUUUUGUUUAUAAAAAUUAUUGAAAAAGGAUUAAAAAUAUAAAAAAUACAAAAAAUAUCUAUCUAUCUCUAUUGACUUGUACUAUGUAGAUUAUGGUACACAUAAAACACACACACACACAUUUAAUGAAAUGUAAGAAAGAACAAUAACUAAAACACAAAAAGAUGAAAGAAAUCUUUUUUUCACUUACAUUUAAAAUAUAUACAACAAACUUACAUAUAAAAAACAACAACAAAAAUACAUAUUUUUUUAAAAAUUAAUCGUAUUUAACGAUUAAAUACUUUUCAUUUUUCUAUUUUUUUAUUUAUUAUAACAAAAAAUUUGUUUGCCAGAUAAACAAAAAACAAAACAAAAUUUAUUUUUUUUAUUAAAACAAAACAAAAAUUACUAAAAAAACUACUUUAAAUUAUGGGCAUUAAUUAAAUACUUUUUUAAAAAUUUAUUUCUUUUUUUUUGGGUUAUUAGUUUAUAAUAUAAUUUCUUAUUUUUUUUUUUUUUUGUAUAAAUAAAAAGAAAAUCUUCCAUUUAUUAUUAUUCUCUUCUAUUCUUUUUAUUAUUUCUAUACUUGGUGUCUUAUUUUAUUUUUUCAUUUUUGUAUUUAAGUAUGAGAAAACUGUUGUACAUUUUUUCUUUACAAUUAAUAUGUGUUUCUUCUUUUUUAUUACAAAUUGUUAGUAUUUAAAAACAAAGGCUAUAAAACAAAUGAGAAAAAUAACAUGAAUGAAUCAAUGAAGAAAAUGUUUAAUAAUUUUGUUUAAAUAUAAUAUUUAUAUACAAUACAAUAUGUUUACAAAUUUCUUGAUUUUUUCCUUAUAUCAUUAAAGAAAUUAAAAUUAGAACUUUAGAUUCGUAAGUAAAUUUUGACCGUAAAAAAGUCAUAAAUAAAAAAACAACAACAAUGUAAAUUUUAAGUAAAAAAAAAA